AUGUUGGCGACAGGACGUGUCAGUGAGAGCUCCGUCAAUCUGAGCCAAAAUCUAGCUGAAUCUUUACUAGAUUUUGUAGACGAUGACUCUUCUAGCAUUUGGAAAACUACUAACACAAAACAAACAGAACCUAUUUUGCUAGAAAAUAGUAAAGAUCUUUGUUCCAACAACAACAACAACAACGAUUUUGAAGUCGAACAUAGUUUAAUUCAAUGUGAUGGCUCACAACUCCUAGAACAUUUACAACUAAAUGGAUUACUGUGGAAAGGAAGUCCAAAAAUGCUUAAGAAUCUCAUGAGCGAGCUGUUACAAGAACAGAGCAAGUGGUGUUCGCCUGGAGGUGGAGCGAUGCAAUUUAACAAUUGUUCUGUGUUAGUAGUUUCCCAAAUGCUAGAAGAGUCAUCAUUUACAAAAUCUAGUAAAGAUUCAGCUAGAUUUUGGCUCAGAUUUGGCGGAACUGACACAUCCUGUCUCCAACAUUAUGCGUGGUCUCAUUACCUCUAG